AUGACAAAGGCGUGGAUGAUCCCAAAGGUUUCACACGAUCUGUCAUUUGCCCUUUGUGACUACUUGAGGGAGAAGAUGUACCUCGACGCACUCAUCAAGCUGUUCAUUGGCCCAACCACUUGUGAACCAGUUCGAUUAGCCUGCGGUCGAGUACUAGAGGAGUGCAUGUCGUUGAACAAUAGGGAAUAUAUUGUGAAUAAGGGCUGGCUGAAAAAGAUCAUUUCGAUGGCGAUGAAGCUCAAUAAGAACGCCGAACAGCAGCGGAUGAGCCUCAGCAUUAUGGAGAGCAUGUUCAAGCACAGUUCGAGCACGUCGAUGAAACUAAUCGAGUAUGGCGUCUUGGAUCACAUCAUCAUUACCAGUAAGCGUGCCAUGGACACGCCCACAACGCUACGCCAUGCCGCUCUCGGUUUAGCCAAUCUCACGCUGUAUACCUGCUCAGAAGGUAAAAAGAAGCUCAUUCAGAAAAAGUUACCGGAAUGGUUAUUUCUGUUGGUGAACCAAGACGACGAUCUCACACGAUAUUACGCGAGUUUAGCUAUCUGCAUGUUGGCCAGUAUAAAGGAAUUCGAGUCAGCUGUGAUGAAAUCUGAUACACUGAAGUUGGUGGAACCUUUUCUGCUCGCUCACGAUGCCACUACCUUUGCCGGCGAUCAUUACAAGCAUUCACAGGGACAUCCGAAAGAGUGGUUGAGCAGGUCAGUUCAAGUUCUCCAGAGAUGCUUUUGCUAA